CACCUAUCUUAUGGAAUUGUACUAGGAGUGCUGAGUGGGGGUUGUUGCACUUUUGGUUCAGUAUGGGUGUAUUAACUUUAAGAAUAUUAAGGUUCUCUUUGGUGAUCCUCCUGUCUGGUGUUCAUGGUUUUAUGUGGAGUGUUUCGUGUUACAACUCUGAUAGCAAUGGAGGUUCUUCUGGAAUUGCUUUGGAUGCUGGUCCUCUAAUGCAGGAUGAUGUCAAACGACAGAUUUUCAACAGCUGGUAUGGUGCUAAGAAUGUUGCUUCCAAUGCCAUAAACCGAAACACUCCGACUAAUUCUUCAGGAACACUGAUUACAAGUGGAUCUAAUCGGAGCAGUGAAUCUGUUCUUAAACCAAUGCUUCUUGUUAUGGGGAGUCCCGUUGUGCAGCAAGUAGUACCGGUGAGUGGACAGUCCAUGACCCAGUCCAGCAGCCAAAUAGUUCUGCCCAUUGUGCAGCAGCUCUCACUGGUUGCCCCCCAACCCAACAGACAACAAAUUGCUCAGGCUAGUUCUGAAGCCAUGACCCAUGCCAGCAGCCAGCAGCUAACACAGGCUAGUUACCAGUCCUUGUCCCUGUCUGACAACCAGCAGUCUCACUCCCAGCCCAGUAGCCAACAACCUGUCCAUGUGGUCUCUGGAACCAUUGUUCAACCCAGUAAUCAGCAGUCAGUGCUGACGAGUUCUCAGCCCAACAGCCCAGUUCUUGCACUGGUCAGUUUUCAAUCUGUGGCCCAACCCAUCGGCCAGCAACCUGCACAAGCCAGCUACCAGUCUGUGAAUGAGGUCAGCAGCCAGCAACCGUUGCAGGCUAGUUACCAGUCAGUUGUCCAAACCAGCGGCCUGUCUGAAGCCCAGCACAUUGGCCACCACUCUGCUGCCCAAUCCAGUAGCCAGCAGAUACCACAUAUAAGCUACCAAUCUGUUUCUCAGGUUGGUGGGCAACAACCAGUGCCGUGCCAUCAGAGAAUGGCUCAGUCUAUUAGCCAUCAUACAGCACAAGGCACUGAUGUGCAACCAGUACAGGCCAGCCUUGAGUCUGCUGCCCAAUCCAGUAGCCAACAGCGACCACAGACAAGCUACCAGUCAGUGGACCAUUCCAGCAGCCAGCAACCAGCCCAAGCCAGCUAUCCAUCAGGAGAUCAAUCCAGCAGUCAGCAGUUGGAAGAAGCAAGCUUGUUGUCAGUAGCUCAUUCCAGCAGUCAACAACCAGCCCAAGCCAGCUAUCUUUCUGUUGCCCAGUCCAGCAGCCAACAACCAGCCCAAGCCGGCUAUCUUUCAGUGGCCCAGUCCAGCAGCCAGCAACAAGCUCGCUAUCUGACAGUGGCUCUGUCCAGCAGCCAACAACCAGCCCAAGCCGGCUAUCUUUCGGUGGCCCAGUCCAGCAGCCAACAACCAGUGACUCUCCAACCCCUUGCUCAAGCUCCUAGUGAACAACUUGGCCAGUCUAGUUACCAGUCUGUUGCUCAGGUUAGCAGCCAACAAUCCUCACAAGCUAGUGGUGCACAACCAGUAAAGGCCAGCCUUGAGUCUGCUGCCCAAUCCAGUAGCCAACAGCGACCACAGACAAACUACCAGUCAGUGGACCAUUCCAGCAGCCAGCAACCAGCCCAAGCCAUCUAUCCAUCAGGGGAUCAAUCCAGCAGACAGCAGUUGGAAGAAACAAGCUUGUUGUCAGUAGCUCAUUCCAGCAGUCAACAACAAGCCCCAGUAGGCAGUCUUUCAGUUGCCCAGUCCAGCAGCCAGCAACCAGCCCAAGUCGGCUGUGUUUCAGUGGCCCAGUCCAGCAGCCAACAACCAGCCCAAGCCGGCUAUCUUUCAGUGGCCCAGUCCAGCAGCCAACAACCAGCUCAAGCCAGCUAUCUGACAUUGGCUCAGUCCAGCAGCCAACAACCAGCCGAAGUCUGCUAUCUUUCAGUGGCCCAGUCCAGCAGCCAACAACCAGCUCAAGCCAGCUAUCUUUCAGUGGCCCAGUCCAGCAGCCAACAACCAGCCCAAGCCAGCAAUCUAACGGUGGCUCAGUCCAGCAGCCAACAACCAGCCCAAGUCGGCUAUCUUUCAGUGGCCCAGUCCAGCAGCCAACAACCAGCUCAAGCCAGCUAUCUGACACUGGCUCAGUCCAGCAGCCAACAACCAGCUCAAGCCAGCUAUCUGACAGUGGCCCAGUCCAGCAGCCAACAACCAGCUCAGGCCAGCUAUCUGACAGUUGCCCAGUCCAGCAGCCAGCAACCAGCCCAAGACAGCAAUAUGUCAGUGGUUCAUUCCAGCAGCCAACAACCAGCCCAAGCCAGCUAUCUUUCUGUGGCACAGUCCAGCAGCCAACAACCAGCCCAAGCCAGCUAUCUUUCGGUGGACCAUUCCAGCAGGCAACAACCAGCCCAAGCCAGCUAUCCAUCAGGGGAUCAAUCCAGCAGACAGCAGUUGGAAGAAGCAAGCUUGUUGUCAGUAGCUCAUUCCAGCAGUCAACAACCAGCCCCAGUAGGCAGUCUUUCAGUUGCCCAGUCCAGCAGCGAACAACCAGCUCAAGCCAGCUAUCUGACAGUUGCCCAGUCCAGCAGCCAGCAACCAGCCCAAGCCAGCAAUAUGUCAAUGGUUCAUUCCAGCAGCCAACAACCAGCCCAUGCUGGCUAUCUUUCUGUGGCACAGUCCAGCAGCCAACGACCAGCACAAGCCAGCUAUCCAUCAGUGAUUCCAUCCAGCAUCUAUCAAGUGUCACAAGCAAGCUCCCUGGCAAUGGUCCAGCCAGCCAGCCAACAAGCAGCCCCUUCCAGCUAUUCUUCAGUGGCCCAGUCCAGCAGCCACCAACCUGCACAAGCUGCUUUCGAGUCAGUGGCCUGGUCUAGUGGCCAGAAACCAGCACUAGCCAGGUAUCCAUCAGUAGCCAAGCCUGUUGCCCAGCAACCUGCCCAUGCGAAUGUGCAGCCUCAGGGUAAAGAACUUUUUCAGAUUGGCACCAAGCUGUAUUCAUGCUACGAGGUUGUUUCACAGCCUGGUUUUGACCAGCAUCUAUCCUAUUCAGGGCAGUCCCGAUAUCAGCAUCCAUCUGGGCUCAGCUCUCCACCUAGUUCACGACCUGCAGUGCAAUCCAGCUACCAGGCUCUAGUCAAACCUGGGCCGUCCAUUUAUGGGUCUGCAUUGUCACCCAGCCACCAGGUCUUUGCCAGUUCAUUGCAAUCUGGUUUCAUGCCCAAGCCAGCACAAUCUAACUAUGAGCCUUCAGCCCAAGAGGAACAUCCAAGCUAUCUGCCAUUUGUUGGACCGCAAAGUUAUGCUUCUAGAUUACUGCGCACUGACCAAGCCGCAACUGUGGCAUCUAACCACCGAGCUCUAGCAAAACCAGGCCAAGAUUCAUACCUGCCUUCACCUAUGUUGGUUAAGCCAGUGCAACCAAACUAUAUUCCCCGAAUUAGAAUUGAGCCUCCUAGCUACCAGCCUCAAAAGCUCCCCAGCCGCCAGUCUGAAGCACAACCCGGUUUCUUUUCAGCAGUGAAGCCAGUGCAGUCGAGGUACCAAGCACAGUCAAGUUAUGAGUCUGCAUCUCUGUCUGCGCUGACUGGACACAGUGUUGCCUCAAUGCUAGAGCAGUCACGUUCCCAUUCUCAAUCUGGCUUUGGAUCUAUGACAAAACCCAGUGAUCUGCUUGUGUCUGCAUCUACAUCUACUUUAUUGCAGUCUGGGUAUGCAUAUCCAGCACAGGUGCAUCAUCAGACUGAUUCUCACAACACUAAAAACUUCCCUAUGCCUGCUGAAAGGCAACAUUCAUCUCGGAGCAAAUUCAGGCAUGUGCAAGAAGUGAAGUCAUGAUUGUUUACUUGAUGUUUUAAACUUCUGAUUUUUGGAACUGUAAUUAAAACAUUUUUGGCA